GAACGUCAAGAGCGCGCACCGGCUGCGCAGCCCGUCCUGCGUUCACGCAACGUCACGUGACUCAUACGGAAGCCUUGAGCACUCUCAUGCUGGACGUAGGCAUGUGUUGUCUGAAUGACCUCCAUCGAUACAUGGGUCAAAUUAUUCACGUUUUUGUCCUGGAUUCUUUUCCUUUUUUUUGCUUAAAUUAAACCACCACGUUGUGUGAUCACUUAAAUGGAUCCCAAUUUGGAGUACUGGAAAAACAACGGGAAGUCUUUCCUGAGCAGACUUCGCAUCUGGUUGAAUAUUCUUGAUCCCACCUCUUUGCUGUCCUCUGAUGUUGAAAUUAGUAAUGCUCGUUCUCUGGUCAGAAGGGAUGGGGAUCAGCUGAAGGAUGAAAAGGUCUCCAAUGCCUGGAAUCUUUCUCUUUGCUCGGUGCACGCUGAUACCGGAGAGCCGAUUUCCACUGUGUUUCGUCCACAAGCUUUUCUGCCUAUAUCAGCUCCUAUGGUUAUAGCAAGUUUUGUGCCACAUAAAGGAGUGACACCUGCCCUAUUUUGGCAGUUUCUGCUGCAGAGCUACUGUGCAGGUUUCAACCACGCCAACAGAAAUGCAACAGCCACAUCGGAGAACAAGAUCUCAAUGAAACAGAAUCUUCUUAUCAUUGGAACGGUGGCAUAUUCAACAUUUGCAGGAGCCCUUCCUCAAAUUAUAAUCAAGCGCCUGGCAGUCAGCAGUAGUUCAGCUCAGGCCUUCUGUAGGUCAGUGCUGCCUGUUCCUCUGUCAGCUUGUUUGGCUGCCUUCAGCGUCUUUGUGGUGAGAAGUGAAGAAUCAGAGAAUGGAAUAAAAGUAUUUGACGCCAGCGGGAAUUUGGUUGGUGUCUCGAGGGAAGCUGGGUUCAAGGCUGUAAAGGAGACUGCCAUAUCUCGAGCUACACUUUUUGGUACCACUGCACUUGUUCCUAAUCUACUGGCCCUCCUCCUCAGGAGGGGAAAGUUGGCCCAGAGAAACUCAAUGAUGUUAGCUCCUGUUAGACACAUUAGCACUGCCAUUGUCCUUGGCUUGAUGAUCCCUGUGUCCUUCAGUCUGUUUCCACAACUUGGCAAGAUUAAAAAGGAGCAUGUAGAAAAGGAGCUGCAAAGCUUAACAGAGGAUGGGGAGCUCUAUUACCACAGAGGACUCUAACUGUUACAAAAAACCAACACUCAUAUCUCUCGAACAGGUUCCUCAAGGAUUAUUAGCAUCUUUAAGAGCUUCUAUAUGGAGACCUGUCUGAAAAAGAAAGCAGUGUGGUAGGAGUCCUCCAGUGGGAUAAACAAAAGGAUUAUUUGAAGAUGUACAUUUUCAUCCCAGAAGAAUAUACCAAUGCACUUAUACCUGCUGCUCAGUUCAAUACAUAAAACACCCCAGCUACAUUUAUUUCGACAGGAUACAAUGCAACCGUAAAGCUGAGCAGACUAAUAAAGGAUUAAUGCCAUUAAAAAAGAAAAAAAAAACACAAACACACCUGCACGUUUCUCAGCACAUCAGACCACAAUAGUAUCAUACAAGUUGUAGAUAAUAAAACCAUGACAUUUGGUAAUUGGAA